AUGACUUCUCUGGACUUCAACCACAGGGAGCUUGUGUCUGAGGUCACACAGAGGUCAUCAGUCAACGUGCUGCUGACAAACCUCAUCCGGGGGAAUCUGCUUCCCUCGGCUCUCGUCUGGAUAACCUCCAGACCUGCGGCGGCCAAUCAGAUCCCUCCUGCAUGUGUUGACAGGGUCACAGAAGUACGAGGCUUCACUGAGGCCCAGAAGGAGGAGUACUUCAGGAGGAGAUUCAGUGAUGAAGAGCUGUGCAGCAGAAUCAUCUCACACAUCAAGACGUCCAGGAGCCUCCACAUCAUGUGUCAAAUCCCAGUCUUCUGCUGGAUCAGUGCUACAGUUCUGGACCACAUGUUGACCACAGAGCAGAGAGGAGAGCUGCCCAAGACCCUGACUGACCUGUACUCACACUUCCUGCUGGUUCAGACAAAGAGGAAGAACAAGAAGUACGGUGAGGGACAUGAGAUGAAUCCACAGCAGCUGACGGAGGCUGACAGGGACGUUCUCCUGAAGCUGGGGAGGCUGGCACUUAAACAUCUGGAGGAAGGAAACAUCAUGUUCUACCAAGAAGACCUGGAGCGGUGUGGUCUUAAUGUCACAGAGGCCUCGGUGUACUCAGGAGUUUGUACUGAGAUCUUCAGAAGAGAGUGUGUGAUCUUCCAGAAAUCAGUCUACUGCUUUGUUCAUCUGAGCGUUCAGGAGUUUCUGGCUGCAGUCUACAUGUUCCACUGUUACACCGAGAGGAACACAGAAGAACUCAACAACUUCUUGGGAACAUGGAGGAACAAAUGGGGUACCUUCUCCCUGGAUGACCUCCUGAAGAGAACUAUGAAGAAAUCCCUCACCAGUACAAAUGGUCAUCUGGACCUGUUUGUUCGCUUCCUUCAUGGCCUCAGUCUGGAGUCCAACCAGAGAGUCUUAGGAGGCCUGCUGGGUCGGACAGAGAACAAUCCAGAGAUCAUCCAGAGAGUCAUCAAGAACCUGAAGGAGAUGAGGAGUGAUGCAAUUUCUCCUGACAGAAGCAUCAACAUCUUCCACUGUCUGACUGAGAUGAACGACCACUCAGCUCAUCAGCAGAUGAAACAGUUCCUGACGUCAGAGAACAAAUCAGAGGAGAAACUCUCUGAGAUCCACUGCUCAGCUCUGGCCUACAUGCUGCAGAUGUCAGAGGAGGUUCUGGAUGAGUUUGACUUGGAGAAGUUCAACACAUCAGACCAGGGUCGACGGAGACUGAUCCCAGCUGUGAGGAACUGCAGGAAGGCUGUGUUGAGGGGCUGCAUUCUGACAGAGAUCAGCUGGUCUUCUCUGGCUUCAGCUCUGAGGUCAAACCCCUCUCAUCUGAGAGAACUGGAUCUGAGUAACAACGACCUGCAGGACUCAGGAGUGAAGGAGCUGUGUUGUUUUCUACAGAGUCCAACCUGUCUACUGGAGACUCUGGGGUUGGUGGAUUGCAGUCUGUCAGAGUUUAGCUGUUAUAUUCUGGCUUCAGCUCUGAGGUCAAACCCCUCUCAUCUGAGAGAACUGGAUCUGAGUGACAACGACCUGCAGGACUCAGGAGUGAAGGAGCUGCUUGAUCUACAGCAGAGUCCAACCUGUCGACUGGAGACUCUGGGGUUGAGGAGCUGCAGUCUGACAGAUAUCAGCUGUUCUUCUCUGGCUUCAGCUCUGAAGUCAAACCCCUCUCAUCUGAGAGAACUGAAUCUGAGUAACAACGACCUGCAGGACUCAGGAGUGAAGGAGCUGUGUGGUUUUCUACAGAGUCCAACCUGUCGACUGGAGACUCUGGGGUUGAGGAGCUGCAGUCUGACAGAUAUCAGCUGUUCUUCUCUGGCUUCAGCUCUGAAGUCAAACCCCUCUCAUCUGAGAGAACUGAAUCUGAGUAACAACGACCUGCAGGAGUCAGGAGUGAAGGAGCUGUGUGGUUUUCUACAGAGUCCAACCUGUCGAAUGGAGACCCUGAGGUUGAAGAGCUGCAGUCUGUCAGAGAUCAGCUGUUCUUCUCUGGCUUCAGCUCUGAGGUCAAACCCCUCUCAUCUGAGAGAACUGGAUCUGAGCCACAACAGGCUGCAGGACUCAGCAGUGAAGGAGCUGCUUGAUCUACAGCAGAGUCCAACCUGUCGACUGGAGACUCUGAGGUCAGUAGAUGGGUGGAGUCAGUCCACGCUGCUUUCAUCAGUAUUUUACUAAACACAGUCAGUAUCACAGAUCCAGGGUCUGUGCUACCAAGCAGGAUUUGUGGUUAUCAGGUUAACUUCAGGUUUAGUUUUUUCAGUCCUACGAAGCUCGUCCACUUCUUAACGAGGUAAAUCACCAUGGUAACUUCUGA